AUGCUCGAUUUGUUCAAGUCGUUGCUCCCGAAGAAAGAACGGCAGUGGUGCGGUGCCUGUCUCUUUGAGCUCAAUCCGACGGCCAAAUCACUCUCAUCCGACAUAGGCGGCCGGUACGAGUACGCGUUUGCAGAGAGCGACGACCACGAGUUUAGCUAUGCAGAUUUAAUCAAGUCCUCCAAGCGCGGCUGUGAUCGGUGCAAGGCUCUCGCCUCGGCAUUUGAAAGCUUUGGCGUCGCCGGCUUCGAAGUGGCAAGGUUGGAGCCACACCUAAACUCACCGGGGAGUCCACUUCUGGAGAUUUCAAGUGCCGAUGGUACCAGCCAAGUCUUUGAGAUUUGUAGUAGCGAGACGCCGUUGGACAGGCCGGUGUUUUUCGCGGAUGAUCCCUCACCGCACGUCGUGCUAUGCCGAGGCCACAAGCUCUCACGCACCACCGGAGACAACGAGGCUCUCGAUCAGGCAGCAGAGUGGCUAACGGAAUGUCGGACUUCUCAUGGCGGGUGUCAAGUCGGCGACCCGGAGUUUGUGCCUAAUCGGUUACUCUAUCUGGGAGACGGCCGGGCUGAUAGUAAUACUCUCGAGCUCGUCGAGAAGCCGGCUGCUGUACCCUACGCGGCUCUGAGCCAUAGGUGGACAGAAGAAACGCCGUCCAAGUCCCUCUUGACGUCUAAUCUUCUGGAUCGAAAGCAGCAUGGUAUGCCUGUAGCAAAUUUACCUCGGAUGAUGCAGGAUGUCGUACUUGUGCUACGUCGACUAGGCAUCGAGUACAUAUGGAUUGAUUGCUUGUGCAUCAUUCAAGAUGACAAGGACGACUGGAAACGAGAGGCAGCGCUUAUGGCCUCCAUCUAUACGAAUGCUGAACUUACCGUGGCGGCUUCGUGGUGCGACCGGCCCGAUCAAAGUCUCUUUCGAGAUCACAGCACGCCCCAGGAAAUAUGCGUAGAUGUCGCCCAAAUCGAUGGCCAGUCCAUCUUUAUACGUCGUAGGAAGCAUCACUUCACCUGGCUCGGCAUCGAAUCCAGCGCUGAUACCAUGGCUGCCGAGAAUCCAGACUUUGAAUGGCCGCUCUUGAACCGAGGCUGGGUGUAUCAGGAGCAGAUGUUGUCACGCCGGAUGCUUCACUUUACGCAAAACGAGCUCAUCUGGGAAUGCUUUGAGGAGACUCGGUGCGAAUGCGGGUGGUAUGACAACAAUACGCGCAUCUCGGGCGCUCAAGACUGGUACAAGCAAUCUCCCGCAUCGAAAGCAUGGUCCCAGGUAAUUAAAGGCUAUGCUAAGCGUCCGCUUACGGUCAUGAGCGAUAGACUUCCAGCUUUGGCAGGGAUUGGUAAGGCGAUUGCAUCAGCAAAAGAUUACGACGCAACAGAGUAUCUCUGUGGGUUCUGGGAGAAGGAGCUUGAACAGACGUUCUUCUGGUAUCUCAGCGAGCCGCCCCUUCAUCCACGGCCUGAUAUGCGUAUGCCAACAUGGUCAUGGGCAUCCGUGUCUGGAGGUGUAGAGUGCUGGCAAGUCUCUCUAGAAGGCGUUGAGUUCUUGGGAAGCGACGUGCAGUACUCUGGUGAUCCUCUUUUAGGUGAUGUGGUGAGCGGAAUGAUGUUGCUCUCCGGACACGUUGCUUCCGGCGUUGUAUACCACGGCCAAGAAUGGACAAGCAUCUUGGAGUCACAGAAAGAUAACUCGGGUACGUCCAGCAUUUUGACCGACAGCAGAGCUACGGAAGAUUAUGGGUUGCAGAUUGGCGGGCAGUUUGCCACUUUUACUCCGGACUACAAGUUAGACAUACCCGGGAGAGGAUUUGUUCCCUCUGGCUCACAAGUUCUUUGUUUACUCUUUGGCCGAACAACUUGUUCCGAAUGGGACGAGUCGGAGGAGAGCGCUGAGACUGUUACGACGCACCUUCUCAUCCUGCGAUGCGUUGAUGGAGCGCCUCUCCGAUACGAAAGGAUAGGAGUAAACGCAACGUGUUUCGAGCUGGACGUGUUUAUGAGUCAAUCUGAGAGGCAGCAACUGACCCUAGUGUAA